AACUAAAAACCAAGAUCAAGCACAGAGCUUGAGUUGAAAAUUGAAUGUGGUGAUACGUAGGCCUAACGUGAUAAAUAAAAAAAAAAAAAAGUGACAAACCUGUGAACGAUCAAGAAAAGGAACCAAUAUGAGGUGCUUGGUGGUGCAGACGGUACUGAUUACAGCAGCAGCUUUAACGAGCGUUCGAGGACAAGGGAUCCCGCGAACAAUUUCGGAUAGGCGAGGAGGACCACCCCUCCAGGUCAGAGCAGUUCAGCAUGGAACGGCGGUCCUUCCUUGCGACUUGAAACCCCCGCAGGAAAAUGAUUCCGCUAUUCUCGUCGUCUGGUACAAAAACGAUAUCACACCAAUUUAUAGCUACGACAUGAGGCCGAAACGUACGGAUCAGACGCCCCAUUGGAAAAAUCCAGAAUACCUUAACGAGCGGGCAACGUUUAAGGCGACAACUGAACCUGCGCAUCUCAACAUCAAUCGCGUCGAGGAGAACGACGAAGGUGACUACAGGUGCAGAGUUGACUUCACGAAGAGCCCGACCAGGAACUCCAGGGUGCAACUGACCGUCAUCGUGCCGCCGCACAAGCCCAACAUCCUUGAUGACAACGAGAGGUCGGUUCCUACGGUUGCUGGUCCCUACGUCGAGGGUGGACUCAUGCGGCUCACUUGCGUCGUCUUUGGGGGUCGACCUCAGCCUGUUGUGAGAUGGUGGAGAGGUGAAAUGCUUCUUGACUCGGAAGAGGAGCCGAGCGAAUCCCCUUCUGGGCCCCGAAGAAAUACUUUGGUCGUCACGAUGCUGACCAGGGCAGAUUUGCACGCAGAAUUCACUUGCCAGGCGUCGAACAACAACAUCAGUCAACCAGUUUCAGCGUCCGUUAGAAUCGAGAUGUACCUGAAGCCAAUGAGUGUCCAGAUGCUCGUCAGUGAUUUGGCGCCCCUCAGUGCUGAAAAAAAGUACAGCAUAAACUGCAUGACAUACGGAUCAAGACCACCGGCCAAGACCACGUGGUACCUGAACGGCAAAAGCUUGGACAACUACUCGGAAAAGAUAUCGCCGGACAUGAACAUGACCAUGUCAACCUUGAGCUUCAAGGCCACGCUUCAGGAUCAUAAAAAGAAGCUGACCUGCCGGGCCGAGAACAACAAGGUCCACGGAGGCGUCGAGGAGGCCAACUGGGAACUGGACAUCAAUUUUGUUCCUGUUCUUCGGCUCGAGCUUGGAUCGAACAUGAACCCCGAGGACAUCGAGGAGGGUGACGACGUCUAUUUUGAGUGCAAGGUCCACGCCAAUCCUGAAGCUUACAAGGUCGUCUGGAAGCACAACGGAAACGUUAUACAGAACAACGCGAAGAACGGUGUUUUCGUUCAACGAUACGACCUCGCUUUCAGAAAGGUGAACCGCUCCCAGGCUGGCAAUUACACCUGCGUCGCCAGCAACGUCGAGGGCGAUGGUACCAGCAACAGUGUAGAGCUGAAGAUCAUGUAUAAACCGCUUUGUCUUCCGGACCAGAAGCUGGUCUAUGGUGUUGCGAGGCACGAAGAGGCCCGAGUGAUUUGUCGCGUCGAGGCUUACCCGGCUCCCCACAGCUUCCGAUGGGCCUUCAACAACACCGAAGAAAUGGUAGACGUUCCUCAGGCCAGGUUCAAGAACUCUACCAGAAGAACGCAGAGCAUUCUUACGUACAGACCGGUCACCGAAAUGGACUAUGGAAUGGUGCUAUGCUGGGCAAGCAACACCGCUGGAAUACAGAAGAACGCGUGCAUGUUCCACAUCAUUCCUGCACAGAAGCCAGAAUCGCCGUACAACUGCACGUUAACAAACCAGACGACGGACUCGUUAUCGGUAGAAUGUACGGCGGGGUUCGACGGUGGUCAGCAGCAGUACUUUUUCCUUGAAGUAUUCGACCAGCACACGGCGGUACUGCAGGCGAACAGGACGUCGAAAGAUGCUGCGUUCACCGUUGCUGGCUUGGAGCCAGGAAAAGUUUUGAAGAUGGUCCUUUACGCCGCGAAUUCAAAGGGGCGAAGCAAAGAGACGCUACUUGAAGGGUUCACGUUGAAGGUUGCCGAGAAGCAGACUGGAACGCCAAUCCCGUUCGAAUUUACGCCGCUGUUAGGAGUCCUCAUCGGAGUAAUAACUGCCCUGGUUCUUGUGACCCUUGUCAUCCUCGGGGCGCUCAAACUGAAGAGCGACCGUCGAGCUCAGCGGCCGGGCGACCUGCCCCUGAAGAAAGCAACGGCCCCAAGCGCCGAGGAACUUUAUGACACUGACGAUAGGAACCCCGACGUCGUGCCGACGAACAAAGAUUCAGAUUACCAGCUCACCGGUUCGACCGCCGGAACUCCACUCGCCGUUCAAACAACCCCCGAUGGACAGUCGGCCACCAUGCCAGCUCAUCAGAUCAACCAUCUCCAAGGGCUUCCACCCACCUAUCAGAUCAACGAGUACAACAAUUAUCCCACCCUACCGCUAUCGGGGGAGGUGACGUACGCUGAGCUUUGCCUGGCGCGUCCGACGACCCUUGCGACGACGGGAAUGGACUCAAAAUUGGGAGUGAUCGUCGGGGGCAAGCCGUACACGAAGGAAGCUACGGUUUACGCCUGCAUAGACCAUACCGUGCGGCAGCCAACGCCGCUAGGAUUUCAGCAACAGCAACAGCAACAGCAACAGCAACAGGAUUCCGGACUUGUGACGCCCGGAAGUGGAAUUAUUUCGGGGAAGCACCACCCUCGUGAGGUCGUUACAGUCCGCACACCCCUUAUCUCUACUCAGGAGAGCUGCGUAUAGGGAAGGGAUUGCGACGCGCUUAACGUCAACGAGUAUUACGUCUGAGACAACCGAUCAUCCCUCUUAAAUCGCCCGCAGAAAAAAAAAAAAAAAAAAAAAAAAAAAC